CCAGACGCAACCAUGGGCGCCGAACAGUCAAAACCCUCCUCCGAGGUCAAGCAGCAUGUCUUCUCGCCAGACCACCCCGUCCGAUUCUCCACCCAGAUGGUCGACUCGAUACAGAAGAACACUUUCACGGACUCGACGCGCUCCAGAGCCCAAGAACUUGAAUACCAGUCCCGCCUGACCGCAGAACUCGAAAAGCUCUCCUCGCAAGAAUCCCAAAGCCUGUCCUCCCUGCAUGAAUCCCUCUCUUCCGAGUCUGAGGAGCCCUCCUCGCCCUCUCUGGUCGAGAAGCUGCAAGACGCCACAUCGACCUCGUCCACCCUCGCGGAAAAGCAGCGACAGAAGGACAUGAGCAGAGAUAGCGUGACCAAGGAAAUUGAGACGCUGAAGAAGAAGUUGGAGCAGAGGAAGAAGCUCGAGCAGGUUAGUGCCGAUCUGCAAAAGGCGAAGGAGGGCGUUGUCGCAUGCUUGAGGCAGAACGACCGACGGCCGCUGGACUGCUGGAAGGAGAUUGAGACGUUCAAGAAGGAGGUUGGACGGCUGGAGAAGGACUUUGUCGCCAAGACUAUUCAAUGAGUGCACGAUU